AUGUAUGGGAUAAAAUCUGCUAAAGUUGCUUUACGUAAAAAAAUGAAAAAUAUCAUUACACAACUUAGUAUAGAAGAAAAACAAAGACAAUCAACGAAAGUAUUUGAAAAACUAUGUUCUCUACCAGAAAUCCAAAACAGUAAAAGAGUUUCCUUAUAUUUAAGUACAAAAGAUGAAAUUGAUACAAUUCGAAUACUAAAAUAUAUGUUUGAAACACAAAAGGAAGUAUUCGUUCCUAGAUAUAAAGGAAAAGUCAUAGAAAUGGUAAAACUAUUUUCAAUGGAAGAUUAUGAGACAUUGCCAUUAACUAAAUGGAAUAUUAAACAACCAAACUUUAAUGAACCUCGGGAAAAUGCAUUAGAAACUGGUGGAUUAGAUGUAAUACUUUUACCAGGUGUUGCAUUUACUAUAGAUGGAAAACGUUUAGGACAUGGAAUGGGUUAUUAUGACAAAUUUUUGGAAUUAUGUCUAAAGAAACAACAAACGAAACCACAUUUAAUUGCAGUCGCAUUUAAUGAACAAUUACGGGAAGAUAUUCCUACAUCUGAAAAUGAUAUAUCAUUGGAUCUAAUAGUUACGGAAAAGUAA